GAACAAAGACCAGCCGUUGAAAAUAAAUUUCCUCUCUGCAUUACCAGCGCCAUCUGCAUGAUCCACAUAGAAGCGCGGAAGAACAAAACGUGUAAAAAGAAGAAGAAAAAAUCAAAACAUUGCGGAGUGAUAAAAGUGUUUACAUUUCCUUGAUAAAAUGAUGGUUUCCACCUGUGGAAAUAGCGCUUAUUAGGCAAGAAGAGCAUAGUAGAGCAUUGCGCCACGUGGAAAAGCCGAAAAAUCUACCAGUCAUGGCGGGGAAGAAGCAGGAAUUCAAGGCAUCCUCCAGCGAGGAUAUGGAGCUGACGAUGAUCCUCAGCAUUGUGGCACUCAUAGGUGUUGGUAUUUGCGUGUCUUAUCUGUCCUAUGGGGAGAAUAUCUACUCUGUGGGUGUAUUUUGGCCAUCUCCGGUCAUCAUUACACUCAUUUGCAAUGAGCUGGGAAAGUAUCUCAUCUACGCGGCUCUGUUCAAGGAGGAGAAGACGACGCUCAAUCCCCGUGAGACAGUGGCACCGAGAAAGCGGAAGCCCAUGAGACUCAGGAUAGGAGAUGCGCUAAAGUUCACAGCACUGAUCGCCUUCUUCGUGGGAUUGUAUGCGAUCAUGUGCAUCGCUUUGGGCGCUCCUGCGCUGGAGAAUCACGAGGAGACACUCGUACUGGCGAGUGUGCUGACGAUUUUGACUGUGCUGCCGCUGGCGCUGUUCCUGGGCACCUCGGGGUGCAUUCAGUACGUGUGGACGGAGAGUGUGGAGGGCAUGAGCAAGGUGGAGGCGAGCUACGUGACGCUGGUGAAGAUCUCAGCGGCCGGCGCACUGUUUGGGGCCUGGAGUGGCUCAAUUGUGGCCCCACUCGACUGGGAUCGGCGCUGGCAGGCGUAUCCAAUUCCCAACAUCGUGGGCGCUCUCCUUGGCUACACACUCGGCGACUUGGGUGUUCUCGGUCACAAGCUGAUCUCGAGCAUUGUGCCCUCAUUCUCAUUCAUCCCAUGAAGUGCUGUCGGCCGAGGCAGAGACACACUCGAGGGUAUUCAGCCAAAUGAAGAUGCUCUCCACACAGAGAGAGAGCAAUUAGUGAGUUACCAUUAGUCAGAAGGUCAGGCAUUUUUUUUCGUCUUUUAUCAUAAAAAAUGGUUGUUUCUUUAUUAUUUAAAUUAUAUACAAAGAUUUCCUAACACUACUAUAAGAGAUUGGUAAAUAACAUGGGUGUGAAUGGUAUGAUUUCAUGACCAUUUCUGCAACAUUUGUGAGUUUGUGGGCUCUUUCUGGGAAGAGGAGAGACAGCGCGCGCGCUCUCUCGAGGGGCGCGCAUCUCGUGACUCUGUGAGAAGUUCAAUGGCAGAUGCGGGAUGUCUGAGGAAGAAGGGGGAUUGUGAAGU